UCCACUUUCCACUUGAAAAAUUGAAUACACCAAACAGAGUCUUAACUCGAGCUCUACUCUCUCGGUCUCUCCUCUACGAUUCAGAUGGUGGAUCUGCAAUGCCUUCAAAGCUUCCUACUACAAUCCCUUGCCUCAUCUUCCUCUCCGUUCCUCUAUCUCUACUCCACUUCGCUCCUCCCUUGCUCCUCCACAUCCAUCACCACACCUUCUCCUUCUUCAACUUGCAAUCUCUUCGAAGGCCACUGGGUCUUAGACCCUGAGGCUCCCAAACCCUUUUACGAUGAGUCCUGCCCAUUUCAUAGAAACGCCUGGAACUGCCUUAGGAACAACAGAGACAACAUGGGUCUCAUCAAUUCCUGGAAAUGGGUGCCCCAAAAAUGCAAUUUGCCACGGAUUGAUCCGCAGAGAUUUCUAGGGAUAAUGAGAAAUAGGAACAUUGGAUUUGUUCGCGAUUCUUUAAAUGAGAAUUUUUUGGUGUCGUUCUUGUGUAUUCUUAGAGUGGCUGAUGCUGAUGCAAGGAGGUGGAAAAAGAAGGGGGCUUGGAGAGGUGCUUAUUUUCCCAAAUUCAAUGUCACCGUGGCAUAUCACCGGCCUGCUUUGCUCGCCAAAUAUCAAUACUUCCUUCCCUUGGUUUGUUUGAUGGAUUUAAAGUUGUUCUUGAGAAUAUGGUCUCAUAUAUACAAAAGGAAGUUCCUGGCAAGACAUUCAAGUUUUGGCGUCUGCAAUCACAGCGGCAUUUUUAUGGCAGUGAGUGGAACCAAAAUGGAAGUUGCUUGUUCAGUGAGGCCCUCAACGAAAAUGAGCUUGAUUUGUGGUUUGAUCCCAGCAAAAAAGGAGUUAAUAAAGAAGCAAGACAAAUUGAUCAUGCAAUUGAACUGACAUUGCAAUGCACGGAUAUCCACUCGCUGGAUCUAACUUGUUUGAGCGAUUAUAGAGCACAUGCAUACCCUUCAAUUUGGUUUGGGAAGAAGGAUGCCAAUGGCAAUCUGGGGUCAGAAUUGCAUGCAUUGGUGCCUACCUGGUGUUCCUGACGCAUGGAUUGAUAUAUUGUCAGAGCUUAUCUGUUAAGGCGUUUUGAAGAACCGAUAAAGAGACAAGGCAACAUUAACAAGUUAUAUCCAGACUUUAAUUAUUUUGCGGAUUUCUGUACAUUACACAAUAAAAUGCUGUGUAGUUUCAUGGACUAAGUUUUAGAAUCAGGCAAUCAGAAUACAAGCUGGUGUUUUAGACAGACUUCCUUGAGAUAUACUUCCAGUAGAUUCAGAUAAAAAAAGCUUCCCGCUACGUCCUUUUUACGUUGACGUUCUGAAGGGAAAUAAAUUUAUUCCCAGUUGUAAGUUGACAAAAAAAAGAAGAGAUGGGAAAUUCUUAUGGGUUGUGAAAUAGGUGAUUGGAAGCUUAACUGAAUGACUUCAUUUUUCUUCCAACUUGGUCAUGUACGUUUGAAAUAUCUAAUGUGUGUGCAUGAUUAUUUCUUUCAA